AUGGCGCACGGAAAUGGGAUUGCCGACAUUUACAAGUCGGUAAUUGCCGAUGUGAUCAGUAACAUGAGAGAGGCGUUUCUCGACGAAAACAUAGAUGUCGAUGUACUCGCUCAGUUGAAAAAAGAGUGGGAGGAUAAAGUGAACUCCAGCGGAUGCGUGGAUCUGGAGAGUAAUGCGGCUCCACCGGCUCCACGCCAGCAACAACCACAUGUAGCACCUAAUCCAGUUCGUCCGAAUCCAAUUCCUCAAAGAGUUAAUCCGGUGCAACAGCAACAGCAGCCAAGAACGACAUUGGCUGCUCUUCAUAUGGGAGAUACGCCGAUCCGAAUGGCCUAUACUCAGCCAGGGCAACAUCAGCCACAACAAGUUCGAAUGUUCCCCCAACAAUUUCAAAAUCAACUCCAGUUCCCUGCAGGACAGUUUGUUGUGGUACAACAACCCGGAGGUGUUCCAAUGUCGCUGAUGCCGAACCAAUUGCAACAUCGUUUAAUGCCACAAGUUCAGCAGCAGCAACUUCAACAGCAGCCACAACAACAACAGAGCAAUCAGCUCACUCAUAUGAAUCAAAUGGACGGGAAUGGCGGCUCCGAGUCUGAUGGGGAAGGAUGCAGUGAGCCUUUGAAGGUUCGUCGGGCAAGAGCAAAAGCUUCUACGAAGGUCCGCGGAACAGGAGCCAGCAAGAAGGAAGCGAUGAAAGUUUUGGGUUCAAUGUUGAGAGAUAUCCAACUCGACGGCGGUGGUGGUGGAAUGUCCGACUCUUCAAGUGACGAUGAAGUCGAAGACGAUGAUGAUCCACUAAGAAGAAUCGCCGAUCGUAUGGGUAACGGAGAGGUCGAAGACGGUGAUCAAGUUGCCGAAGAGGAGCCUUUGAAUUCAGAAGACGACCAGUCGGAUGACGAAGACUUGACUAUGCUCUUUGAUGCUGAUAACGUUGUCAUGUGCCAGUUCGAGAAGGUGAAUCGUGCUCGUACCAAAUGGAAGUUCCAGCUCAAGGAUGGAAUUAUGCAUAUCGACAAAAAAGACUAUUGCUUCCAGAAAUGCACCGGAGAAGCAGAAUGGUGA